AUGGACGCGGGGCACGGGCUGCUGCGCUCGUUGCAGUACCCACCGGUGUCGGGCGACGUGUUCGUCGGGCAAUCCCAGAUCCGCAGGUUCAACCUCAAGACCGGCGAUACGGUCACCGGGAUGGUGCGCCCGCCCAAAGAAGGUGAGCGCCGCUACGGUUUGACCCGAGCCACCAGCAUCAACCUGUUGGAACCAGACGAACAGAAGCCGGCCUCGCGCCGACUGUUCGAGUCGCUGACUCCCAUUUUCCCGGACGACCACAUCGUCCUCGAACAUCCCCAGGGCGGGCUGUCCUCUCGCAUGAUCGACCUGUUCGCCCCGAUCGGGCUGGGGCAACGCGGCCUGGUGGUGUCACCGCCCAAGGCUGGCAAGACCACCGUGUUGCGCCAGAUAGCGGCGGCAAUCACCGAGAACCGUCCCGAAGUGCUCCUGAUGGUCGUCCUCAUCGGCGAGCGGCCCGAAGAGGUCACCGAGAUGCGCCGCGCGGUCAAGGGUGACGUGUUCGCGUCAACCUUCGACGAGUCGGUCGAGGAGCAGUGCCGGGUCGCCGAACUGGCCGUGGAACGCGCCAAGCGCAUGACCGAAAGCGGACGCGACGUCGUCAUCCUGCUUGACAGCAUCACGCGACUCACCCGCGCGUACAACCUGGCCCUGCCCACAUCGGGGCGCACGCUUUCCGGCGGUAUCGACCCGGCCGCGCUCUAUCCCGCCAAACGUUUCAUCGGCGCGGCUCGCAACCUCGAAGAGGGCGGGUCGCUUACCAUAAUCGCCACCUGCCUGCUCGACACGGGCAGCCGGAUGGACGAGGUGAUCUACGAGGAGUUCAAGGGCACCGGCAACAUGGAGUUGCACCUCGACCGCCGGCUCGCCGACCAGCGGUACUUCCCCGCCAUUGACGUGGUCCGCAGCGGAACCCGCCGGGAAGAACUGCUCUACGACUCCGAAGCGAUGCCACAGGUUUGGCUGCUGCGUCGCAUGGUCACCCUCGCUUCGGGCGGUGACUCAUCCAAUAUGGGCGAUGCCACCAAGCGCGUCCUGGAACGCCUGGCACGCACCCGGACCAACUCGGAGUUCCUGUCCAAUCUGACCAAAGACUCGUAA